GUGGGCGCUCAUAUGAUAUUUUCCGUUCUCCUUGCUGGAACUAUAAUUCAUCCAAAAUAUGAAUCAGAGAGUUUGUAUGAAACUAAGAAACUGCAUUUCAGAACUACACCGGCAUUUGCUGCAACAACUGCUCUGCUUGAAAAACUCCAAAGGGAAUAUGGAAAUGGGAUUAAGAAAGGAAAUGACAUGCAAAAUGAAACUAACAUAAAAGAGAUGUACAAAGGUGAAUGGAAACAUGGAUGGCAUCAUAAAUUUUCUCCAUGUUUUCAUAAAUUAAGUUGCUCAAUCAUUGACAGGACUGCCAUGUCGAACUUUUCGCAUGAGACAGAAUCAAGUUUAUUUAUCUUAAAUGAAGAUCAAAUUGGUCAAUUGCUUUCUGCAUUUUGGAGGCAAGCACAUCAGCCAGAUAACUUACCUUCAAAUUAUGAGGCCAUUGCUCUUUCUUUCCACUUGACAGUUGUUUCUUUUCAUCUUAAG